UACCAUUAUUAAGAAAUGAUGUUUUUUUUUUUCAUAGUUAGGAUUUGAUAUAAUCAAGCUUGGGAUUUCUGGGUUGGUUUGCUAGUUUUGCAUUUCUUAUCUCUGCCAUAAAACUUCAAUCACAUACAAAUAAGGCAAGGGAAUUGAAAAGAUGGUUAGAAAGAAUGCAGAAUUAGCAAGGAAGGAUUCAGAAAAGUUGGAUGAUAGUGUAGUGGUGGCUAUAGACAAAGAUAAAGGCAGCCAGUAUGCCCUUAAAUGGGCUGUUGAUCAUUUUCUCAGCAAGGGCCAAUCUGUUAUUCUUCUUCAUGUUUCUAUCAAAUCAUCACCAAAUCAUUCUCCUUCUGGAGGAGGAAACUUUAUUGGCAACACGGAUUCUCAUGAAGAGGCUUCGAGGGCGCAUAGCAAACAACUUGACUCUGAAGCAAGGGAUCUGUUCCUUCCAUUCCGAUGUUUCUGCACGCGAAAGGAUAUAAAGUGCCGAGAGGUUGUCGUGGAGGAUACGGAUAUACCAAAAGCAAUUGUAGAUUAUGCAUCAGCAAAUCUAAUUGAGACAUUGAUACUUGGUACACCAACAAGAGGAGGCAUCAUUGUAAGAAAAUUCAAGACAACAGAUGUUCCCAGCACUGUCUCCAAAACUGCACCAGAAUUCUGCAAUGUUUAUGUCAUCAAUAAAGGCAAAGUUUCUUCUUUACGCAAUGCUACUGCUCCUGUGCCUGCUAAACCUGCUAAUCCUUCCCCUCAAGCAAUGUUGCAACACAAACCCAGCCAUCUUAUUGUACCCGAUCACAGGAAUCCUCGAGGCUCCAGAGACAUGUCAUUCUACGGGUCAGCUCCAAAUAGCGCCCAUGAAGAGCCAGAAAUGAUCAAGUCUCCAUUUACUAGAGGUAGAAGUUCAUUAAGCAAAUCAUACGAGUCUUACACACCUGAAAUGGACAUAUCAUUUGUGAGCAAUGGAAGGCCGAGCAGUUCGGAUCGCAUGCUCCUUUCGUCUUUCCAUGACAAUAAUGGAGAUCCUGGAAUGACCCCGCCUGGAAUGACCCCUCGAAGAACAAGCGUCAGCUCUGGGUCUUUGCAAUCAGCAGGGACAUCCACAGAUGCUGGUUCCCAUUACUCGGGAGGCUCCCAUGAAAGUGGGCAAACUACAUGGUAUUCACAUAACAUGGAUGAUGUGGAAUCCGAAAUGAGGAGACUAAGACUAGAGCUGAAGCAAACAAUGGACAUGUAUAGUUCAGCAUGCAAGGAGGCACUCUCAGCAAAGCAGAAGACUAGAGAAUAUCAAAGGUGGAAAUUGGAAGAACAACACAGAUUUGAAGAAGCAAGAAUAGCAGAAGAAGCUGCAUUGGCAUUAAUAGAGAAGGAGAAAGCCAAGUGCAGGGUAGCCAUUGAAGCAGCACAACAAGCUCAGAGACUUGCUGAAAUGGAAGCACAAAGAAGAAUGGGUAUAGAGAUAAAAUCCAUAAGCGAAUCUGAAGAGAGUAGGAGGAGAGAAUCUUGGUCACCAAAUGAUCUUAGGUACAGAAGAUACUCCAUUGAAGAGAUUGAAGAAGCAACCGAUGAUUUUCACGAGCGCCGCAAGAUUGGGGAAGGAGGCUAUGGGCCAGUGUACAAGUGUUACUUGGAUCACACGGAGGUUGCUGUCAAAGUUCUACGUGCAGAUGCAGCUCAAGGCAUGUCACAGUUUCAUCAAGAGGUUGAAGUAUUAUCCUGCAUACGGCACCCAAACAUGGUUCUUCUCCUCGGAGCUUGUCCAGAAUACGGUUGCUUGGUCUAUGAACACAUGUCUAAUGGCAGCUUAGACGAUCGUCUAUUCCGCCGAGGGAACACCCAACCACUUCCUUGGCAAGUAAGAUUCAGAAUUGCAGCAGAAAUUGCAACAGGACUUCUCUUCCUCCACCAAACCAAGCCAGAGCCGCUAGUCCACCGUGAUCUAAAACCAGGCAACAUUCUGCUAGAUCGUAAUUUCGUGAGCAAAAUCAGUGAUGUUGGUUUAGCAAGACUCGUCCCUCCGUCAGUAGCGGAUUCCGUGACUCAGUACCGAUUAACAUCAACAGCAGGAACAUUUUGUUAUAUUGAUCCAGAAUAUCAGCAGACAGGAAUGCUCGGAACAAAAUCUGACAUUUACUCAUUCGGCGUCCUCCUCCUACAAGUAAUGACGGCAAGAUCGCCGAUGGGGCUAGCUCAUCAAGUUGAAACUGCAAUAGAAGAAGGGAAUUUCAGCAAUGUACUUGAUCCGACAGUUCCGGACUGGCCGAUGGAAGAAACGCUGUCAUUUGCCAAGUUGGCGCUGCAAUGUGCAGAACUAAGAAAGAAAGACAGGCCGGAUUUAGGGAAGGUGAUACUACCGGCGCUGAACAGAUUGAGAGUAUUCGGAGAACAAAACAUGCCGUAUCCCAUGUUCGGAGGUACAUUUAGCACCACAAAUUCUACAAUUCACAGCAAUUAUUCCUCACUUCAAGCCACGACCAGUGACGGACCGUCUGCAUCUGAUAGUUCAAGCCUUUCAAGUUCAUGAUCCCGGCUUUCGACUCGAUUAGGCUAAUUGUUUUUCGUGUUUAGACAAAGAAGACACGGUUAUGACUCGCGGACACGAAUUAUGAGGUCUAAUUAGGAGUGGAAGUGUUGUGUUAGAUUGUACAAGUUGUAAUUAUAUAAUUUUUUUUGGUUUUGGUUUCAUCUCCAGUGGCUAAUAUGAACACUGUCAAAUGUUGAUCCAAGGUCUACUACAGUUGUAUAGCUCAAAAGUGAUGAAUCAGAUAAAAACUUUUUUGCUCCUUUCA